GUUUAACAACGGAAACGGCGGUUGUCAUCUAUCUGCUGGUGGCGGAAACGAAUCUCAUACAUUGGAAAACUAAAAAAAUUAAUCAUUCAAAAAAGCACCUUGUCCUCGAAGUUUGAACAGUGAACAACGUACACGCCCCGCGAAACUUUCCGAAACAAAACCAGCUCCAUAAAACAAAAAAUAAAAUUGGUGUACCGCAGUGGUAACGAUUUUGAAGCAUAACCUCAACUACAGCAACAUACCAAGUGAAGUUGUGUAACUUUUACGUUGCAAACGUUUACAUCUGGUGAUAAGCAACAUAACACAACAGCAACAUGGUCUACAACUUCAAAGUCUUCAAGAAGUGCGCCCCGAAUGGAAAGGUCACGCUUUACAUGGGCAAGCGUGAUUUCGUAGAUCACGUUUCCGGUGUCGAACCGAUCGAUGGUAUCAUCGUCCUGGACGAUGAAUACAUUCGUGAUAAUCGCAAGAUCUACGGCCAGGUGGUCUGUAGUUUCCGUUAUGGACGCGAGGAAGACGAGGUGAUGGGCCUGAACUUCCAGAAGGAACUGUUCCUCGCGUCGGAACAGAUCUAUCCGCGGCCGGAGAAGUCGGACAAGGAGCAGACUAAGCUGCAGGAGCGACUGCUGAAGAAGCUCGGCCCCAACGCGAUACCGUUCACGUUCAACAUCUCGCCGAACGCCCCAUCAUCGGUGACGCUCCAGCAGGGCGAGGACGACAACGGCGAUCCGUGCGGUGUAUCGUAUUACGUGAAGAUCUACGCCGGCGAGUCGGAAACCGAUCGUACCCAUCGUCGCAGCACGGUCACGCUCGGCAUCCGGAAGAUCCAGUUUGCGCCGACGAAACAGGGCCAGCAGCCGUGCACGGUGGUGCGCAAGGACUUUAUGCUCAGCCCUGGGGAGCUGGAGCUAGAGGUGACGCUCGACAAGCAACUGUAUCUGCACGGUGAACGAAUAGGCGUCAACAUCUGCAUACGCAACAACUCGAACAAGAUGGUCAAAAAGAUCAAGGCCAUGAUCCAGCAGGGGGUCGAUGUGGUGCUCUUCCAGAACGGCAGCUACCGCAACACGGUGGCUUCGCUGGAGACUAGCGAAGGAUGCCCCAUUCAGCCCGGCUCCAGCCUGUCGAAGGUGAUGUAUCUCACACCGUUGCUGUCUAGCAAUAAGCAGCGCCGCGGUGUUGCUCUCGAUGGGCAAAUCAAGCGCCAAGAGCAAUGUAUGGCCUCAACUACUCUUUUGGCUCAACCGGAUCAACGUGACGCCUUCGGAAUCAUCAUUUCCUACGCGGUGAAGGUUAAGCUCUUCCUUGGCGCCCUGGGUGGUGAGCUUUCGGCCGAGCUACCGUUCGUACUGAUGCACCCGAAGCCCGGUACUAAGGCGAAGGUCAUCCACGCGGACAGCCAGGCAGACGUCGAGACUUUCCGGCAGGACACCGUCGAUUAUCAGGCUUCGGUCGAUUUUGAAUGAACGGCAAACUAGCGAGAAGCCCCAACGGCAACGACGAUGACAACAACGACCACAAACACAUAACUACUCUUCCGAAUAUCCUAGAAACAUUAUCCUGCGCACCUUCGCUAGUAUCGUGCAUUCCUGUCCUGAUGAUCAUUUGAUGCAAAGUGAUGAGAAUGAUCACUAGCGAACGAACGAAUAUAGCGAACGAGAGAGCGAGAGUGGGAGAAAGAAUAAUGGCCACAGGACACACAUGGCGCCGGUUUCAGUUACAGGACGAGUUGAUGAAAUUAUCCGUUAUCGAAGCUGGGAAUCUACCAAUGCUGCGCGCAAGGGCUUUGACUUCCUAACCGACCGACGCAUAUUAAUUUCAACACGUAAUCGGUACCUCCGCAUCAAUUCUGGUAUCACCUUGAAGCCUCUGAAGCAAAAUUGGCAGUCGUAGAAAACAGGGAACGAUUAAAUAAACCGUUACGGAACAAUGCUAUUGGCCGACAACACA